AUGAACCACCGAACGAGGGCCCUGGUGGGGCUGCUGUGCAUAGCGGGUCUGGCGUCGGCGCAGCUUAACCAAAACUACCGGCCGGAGUUCUUCUCGCCCGGGCAGGGCUUCCAGUCGGUGUCGGCGCAGAUCUCGAGCAGUAAUGGCCAGUUUAAACGUCAGGCUCCGGGUGGCGGUGGGGCCGAUGUCAUCCCGCAUGACCAGAAGAAGCAAACCACCUUCUGGUGGGUGGCACCGGACACCCCGUUUAAGGCUACUAAAAUCGGUGGCGGUGUCCAGGAACCGCCCGGUGCCGCUGCAGAUGGUGAUGACGCCGGUGCUGCUGGUGGUGGUGCUGCCGGGGCUGCUGCUGGGGCCGCAGGUGUGGCGGGCACGAGCGUGUCCCAGACGUCCGCGGUACGAACGACGGGCCAGCAGACGACGGGACAAGCGUUCGGUGCCGCUGGUGCCACCGCAACCUCCGUCCAGUCGACGUCGGCCGCCAGGACGAUCGGAACGCAAACGCAAGGCUUCCAGGGAGCCGCGGGUACCGCCGGAACGAUCACUGGCGGGCGGACGACGGUCAGCAAGAGCUCGACCAGUUCGACCAGCACCUUCGGUCGGGGAGCUGUCGCGCAGCCCGGGGUCAUAGCCGGGUCCACGCGGACUAGCUCGACCACCUCGAAUACGCAGGUCAGCACGGGAACGACUCAGCCGGGCGUUGGAGCGGGCGGUGUGCGCACGUCCACGAUCAUCCGCCAGUCGAAGACCCAGUCCACGACCGGCGUUGCCCCGGUACCGGCCCCUCCACCACCACCACCAUCGACGUCGAUCCUGAGCACGACCACCGGCAUCCGGACGGACACGGUCACCUCGAACGUUAACGCUCCGCCGCCGACGACCGUUGGCAUUACUAAACAGACUAACGUAGAUACGCAGCGUACGGAUACCUUACAGACUAACCUCUACCCGGGCCAGCCGGGCCAGCCGGGCCAGCCGGGCCAACCGGGCUCGACCUCCACCUCGACCGUGGUCGGGACGGCCACCAGGACGACGGGAGUGAAUCCAAAUAACUAUGGCGGAACGACGGUCACGAAGACGCAGGAGCGUACGGACGGUGGCAUCACGAGCAAAGUGAUCACCACCGGCACGAUCACCCGGCCGUUCUUCAAGCAAACGCAGGUCACUUCCGAUGGCUACAACUACCCGGUCCCGGAAACGAUUCCCUGCUACGAGCCGAACAAACUGUGCGCCCCGAACCAGUUCUGUAACGAUGGGUUCGUGGACGAGUCGCAGCUGAAUCUGUUCAACACCAACAACCAGAACUGCAACUCGGCCACCGAGCAGUGCUGCAAGAUUCGGCCGACGCCGGCCACGCGCUGCCCGGACGACAGCUACGUGUGCGUAUCGCCCAGCUUAUGCAACAACGGUCUGCUGAACUUCGACGCCCAGAAUGCCAUCUCCACCCGGCAACCGGCCGGCGAGUGCUACGCACCGGAAGUUUGCUGCAAGCAGCAGUCGCUCCUGUCCGAGUCGACCGUACUGACCAACGAGGGUUACGUCGUUAAGGUACCGGAAAAUCAGUACCUCCCACCGGAGGGUCAGAACACUGUCACAAACAUUCAGACUGCACCCCCACCACGACCACCCACCACACCUCGCCCACCCCCACCGCCCACCACACGAUAUGUGCCACCGCCCACCACCACCCGGUACGUGCCGCCACCGACCACCACCCGGUACGUGCCGCCCCCGACGACCACCCGCUACGUUCCGCCACCGCCGACCACGCGCGCACCGUUCCAUGGCGACGAGUACAUUCCCCCGCGGGAGGAGGUCCCUGCGCCGUCCAACGACGACCCUAACAAGAUUAGACCUCCACAGGACGAGAUCCCGAACCCGGCCAACGACACGCCGGUCGUGCUCCGGCCAACGACCCAGCGGCCCUUCCAGCCGCCGCCACAGCAAGGUCCACCGGCCCCGCCACCCCUACCGCCCGUAGGAUGCUCGGCCGCGAUGGUGUGUACCGAGGAGGAGUACUGCUCGUCGACCGCCGUCAUCUCGAAGACGCCCGUCGUGCUGACGGAGGAACAGAAACUGUUCCGCGUGCCCGUUACCGCUUGCCGCGACCUGGGGCGGGGCUUUACCGGGGUCUGCUGCCGCGAUCCGGACUACGUGGAUCCAUGGCCCGUCGGCCAGCUCGGUCAGUACAACCCGGAGAUCCUGAACGCGGCGUUCGACGAUGGGUCGUACCGGGCGAACGGCAACGGUAACGGCAACGGUAACGGUAACGGACGGCGUCCGGGCGAGCCGAUCCAGGCGUCCCCGUCGCAGGUAACGUCCACCCAGGCGUUUGCACCGAACCAUUUCGUCAGCCAGACGGCAGUGACACGACCCAAGUCGCAGUACGAUCGUGGCGUAACUGCGUCCGCUUCCUUCCAGUCGACCGCAGCCCAGCGGGUCAGUGUCCCCGGACAGUCCGGACUGCAGUUCACCAACAGUGGCAGCACGCGCUUCCGGCCGUUCCAGCGAUCGGAAACCAAAACGCAGCAACAGUGCGCACCCAGGAACUACAACACCCAACCACGGGGCGCAGGACCCCUCGGAACCGGCUUCGGUGAGUUCCCGUGGCAGGCGAUGGUGCUGCUUCAGACGAACAAGAGUCUGCUGUGCGGUGGAGCCAUCAUUUCGGACAACACCGUUGUCACGGCCGCUAACUGUGUUUAUGGACUGAACCCACGCACGAUCCAGAUCAAGGGAGGCGAAUGGCGCCUAGGAGUGGAUGCGGAACCGAAAACAUUCCAGAUCGUGAACGUCAAGGACAUCGUGUACCACCCGGCGUACAAUCCGACCAACCUGAACUACGACGUGGCCAUGCUGAUCCUGGAGGCGCCUCUGCGCUUCGAUACGCACAUCGGCGCCAUCUGCCUGGAUGAGAACGACGUGGUGCCGAGUGCGUCGUACGAAAACUGUGUCACCACGGGCUGGGGCAAGGAAGUGCUUCGAAUUCACAUUUCAAACGCUCUGAUGCAGCAGACGCCCAUCUCGCUGCUAUCGGAAGCGGAAAGUCAAAGUCAGCUGCAGGCCAACGGAUUCACCCCGGAAUCGCACAUCGCGGGCCGUCCGACCGGCGACGCGUGCGAGGUGGACGUGGGCAGUGCGCUGGCCUGUGCCGACACGAGCGGUACCUACUACCUGAAGGGUGUCUACUCGUCCGAGAACGGUUGCAACCGGCCGGAUCAGAUCGUUUCGUUCUCCAACAUCGACGUGCAGUGGCUCAAGCAGGCGCUCAAGAACCCGAGCCAGUUCCUCACCCCGGGCCCGACCUACCAGACCGCGGCCAACAGUCCGCAGGUGACGCGAGUGCAGCUCCAGUCCACUCAGGGCCCAGCGUACAACAACAAGUACCUGCCCCCAUUCUAAACGCGGGCGGCGAGGGCGCCACAGCCCCACAGCCUACUAACACCCAGUGAUAGUGAUCCCCACAUGCACCACCACCAACACUACCACACGAAACCAACCAACACUAGCCCAUACACCAUACCACAUUACCAGGCCCAACAUUCGCCUCAGCGUCGGGAGAUCCUUGUCUCGGUGCGUUGCCCUCUAUCGAGUUAAGCGAGUUUUCUUGCCCCAAGGAGGACCAAACGUCCUUCGGGCGAAACGCCCUUUCCCUUCACCACACACGCCCAUGUAACGCGAUCGCUUAUCCCCCUAAGCUGCAUCAGUGUUUCACGCUCGUUUCAUGCCCUUUAGCGCUGCUUAUGGAUAGAUUUUAAGUGAACCGCCGACACACACUAAGACACCCAUCAUCCCGUCCCAUUUUGAGUUCUUGUCUCUGCACCGAUAGUGAUAGUAAACGGCGCUCGUAUCCGGAUCCACCGUGGCCCAGGGAUACAGUGGUGGAUAGCAACGCAUGACAAUACUUUCCAUAAGCUCAUCAAUUCCACACACUCCAAAGCCACGCGCGGAAUCAAUUCCGUAAGCGUUCCGUGGCAUUGGUCGGUAGGAUACACUGUUCCAGGAGAUUCCGACCCCUAACACACACACACACACACACACAACCCGUUUAGAGUACCAGUUACCAGGAGUUUGCUUUGACGCGCACCGCGGUCGAGGAGGAAUCACAAUCGUCAAAUCCACAGAUAGGGGAACGGCCUGAUCCGGGAAGCAUAUUCGUGGACAGGGCGUGAAGUAAAAGUAUAGCGUAACGUUACUAUUCUUUUGAUAUCUGUAAUAUUAUUUAAUUACCUGUACAUAAUAAAUAGCGUAAGCUUUCAUCGUUUUUAGG